AGCGCUGCCCGAGGCGCCGCGUCUGAGGGGCAGCGCCGGAGCUCAUCCGUGCGGGGGUCGGGCCCGGCCGCGCUCGGCCCAGAUGGCGCCGGAACCCCUCGCCCCUCGUGCUCGGGGCCGGUGGGUCCUGCCGCCCCCUUCCCCGGGGUAUUGUCCGCCGCGGCCCGCCCCGUCCAGCGGCGUCCCUCCCUCCUCCGCCCCCCGCCCGGCCCUGCCCCUCGCCCCUCUUCUCCCCAAAGGCCAAUGGAGACGAGAUGCGGAGAGUAGGGCCGGGACGGGCGCGCCGGGGCCGCUCCGUCCAUCCUCUGUCUCCUCCCCUCGGCCGCUGACCGGUCUCUCUCGCGGCGGCCGGCGGGGCAUGCCAGCCGCCUCUCGCUGAAUGGCGCCGUUCCGCCGCCGGGCGCUGCUGCGGGCGCUGCUGCUGCUCCCUCUACUCCCGCUGCCAGGAGCAUGGUGCUUUAGCGAACUCUUUUUUGUGAAAGAGCCUCAGGACAUUACAGUCUCAAGGAAGGAUCCGGUGGUUUUAGACUGCCAGGCCCGUGGUGAAGCUCCUAUCACUAUUACAUGGCUGAAAAAUGGAGGCAAAGUAUCUGAAAAUGAACGGAUCUACACUUUAUCCAAUGGCUCCUUAUAUAUCAGUGAGGUGGAAGGAAAGAAAGGAGAGCUGUCUGAUGAAGGAUUUUACCAGUGCUUAGCUCUGAACAAAUAUGGGGCCAUUCUCAGUCAAAAAAGUCACCUCACACUAGCAACCAUUUCUGCAUUUGAGGUCCAGCCACUUUCAACUGAGGUCCAAGAAGGUGGAGUAGCUCGGUUUGCCUGUAAAAUAACAGCAAACCCUCCUGCCACUGUGACAUGGGAAGUGAAUCGAACCACUUUACCUUUAGUCGUGGACAGGAUAACCGCUUUACCUACAGGAGUUCUUCAGAUCUAUGGUGUUGAACAGAAGGAUGCUGGGAAUUACCGAUGUGUUGCCACAACAAUAGCCAAUAGACGGAAAAGCAUUGAGGCAGUGCUGAGUGUCAUUCCAGCCUCAGACUUGAAGCCUUUUCACAAGCCAUCUAUAAUAGCUGGUCCUCAAAACAUUACAGCAUCUCUUCAUCAAACUGUCAUACUGGAGUGUGUAGCCACAGGGAAUCCAAAGCCAAUCAUCUCAUGGAGCCGGUUAGACCAUAAGUCCAUUGACGUCUUCAAUACCCGUGUCCUUGGAAAUGGGAACCUCAUGAUUUCUGAUGUCAAGGUGCAGCAUGCAGGUGUCUAUGUUUGUCGAGCCACUAUUCCAGGCACACGGAACUUCACGGUAGCAAUGGCAACUCUCACUGUGCUGGCUCCACCUUCAUUUGUGGAAUGGCCAGAAAGUUUAACAAGGCCUAGAGCUGGUACUGCUCGUUUCGCUUGUCAGGCAGAAGGAAAUCCUGCCCCCAAAAUUUCAUGGUUAAAAAAUGGAAGGAGAAUACACUCCAAUGGUAGAAUAAAAAUGUACAACAGUAAAUUGGUGAUAAACCAGAUCAUUCCCGAAGAUGAUGCCAUUUAUCAGUGCAUGGCUGAGAACAGCCAGGGAUCUGUUCUCUCCAGGGCCAGGCUUACUGUAGUUAUGUCAGAAGACAGACCCAGUGCACCUUACAAUGUCCAUGCUGAAACAAUGUCAAGCUCAGCAAUCCUGCUAGCAUGGGAGAGGCCACUGUACAAUUCCGACAAAGUGAUUGCAUAUUCGGUGCAUUACAUGAAAGCAGAAGGUUUAAAUAAUGAAGAGUACCAAGUGGUCAUUGGAAAUGAUACAACCCAUUACAUUAUUGAUGACUUGGAACCAGCCAGCAAUUACACCUUCUAUAUUGUAGCUUAUAUGCCUCUGGGAGCCAGUCAGAUGUCAGAUCAUGUGACUCAGCACACCCUUGAAGAUGUUCCCUUGAGAGCUCCUGAAAUAAGUUUGACAAGCAGGAGUCCUACAGAUAUUCUCAUCUCCUGGCUGCCAAUUCCUGCAAAAUAUAGGAGAGGUCAGGUGGUCCUGUACCGUCUGUCUUUCCGUCUCAGCACAGAGACCAAAGUUCAAGUCUUGGAGCUUCCAGGGACUUCAGAUGAGUAUCUCCUUGAAGGCUUGAGGCCUGACAGUGUGUACUUGGUUCGUAUCACUGCUGCAACAAGGAUUGGCUGGGGAGAGGCAUCUUUAUGGACUUCCCACCGGACUCCCAAAGCUACAAGUGUGAAAGCACCAAAGUCUCCUGAGUUGCGUUUGGAGCCGAUGAACUGUACAACUAUUACAGUACAGUGGCAGCAGGACUCUGAGGACACUGCAGCUAUUCAAGGGUACAAGCUGUAUUACAAGGAAGAAGGCCAACAGGAGAAUGGACCAAUUCUGUUGGAUGCCAGUGAUCUUGAGUAUACUGUCAGUGGUUUAGAUCCUAGAAGAAAGUAUCAUGUAAGGCUGCUGGCAUAUAACAGUAUGGAAGAAGGUUAUCAGGCAGACCAAACAGUCAGCACUCCAGGAUGUGUCUCUGUCCGUGAUCGCAUGGUGCCACCACCACCACCUCCUCACCACCUCUAUGCCAAAGCUAACACUUCAUCUUCUAUCUACCUUCACUGGGGAAAGCCUGCCUUUACAUCUGCACAAGUCAUUAACUACACGAUCCGCUGCAACCCUGUGGGGCUGCAGAAUGCUUCUCUGGUUCUCUACCUUCAAACGUCAGAGACUCACAUGUUAGUUCAAGGUCUUGAGCCAAAAACCAUGUAUGAAUUUGCAGUUCGGCUCCAUGUGGACCAGCUCUCUAGCCCCUGGAGUCCAGUAGUCUACCAUACUACCCUUCCAGAAGCACCAUCUGGCCCUCCAGUAGGAGUGAAGGUGACUUUGAUAGAGGAUAAUACUGCUUUGGUUUCCUGGAAGCCACCUGAUGGUCCUGAAACAGUUGUUACACGAUACACUAUCCUGUAUGCAUCCAGGAAGUCUUGGAUUGCUGGGGAAUGGCAAGUGUUGCACAGAGAAGGAGCAAUGACCAUGGCUUUGCUGGAAAACCUUGUAGCAGGAAACGUCUACUUGGUCAAAAUAGCAGCCUCCAAUGAAGUGGGAGAAGGACCCUUCUCAAAUGCGGUAGAACUUGCUGUCCUCCCAAAGGAGACACCAGAGUCUAAUCAGAGACCUAAACGCCUGGACUCGGGAGAUUCCAUAACUUAUUCUGACUAUUACCAUCUGGACCAGAAAUCAAUGACUGGAAUUGUUGUGGGGGUUUGCAUAGCUUUGACCUGCAUCCUUAUCUGCAUCCUGAUCUUAAUUUAUCGCAGUAAAGCCAGGAAAACAUCUGCUCCUAAACCUGCGCAGCAAAGCACUGACCAGCUGUCACAUACCAGCGUCUCAUUAGCCAGUGCUAAUGAGGUGGAGAAGAGUACUGAAGGAAUUGCAGAGAACGAAGAAUCCCUAUUGCCAAUGAUAGUGGGAAACAGCUUUAUCGAUGCUAAGGGGGGAUCUGAUCUGAUUAUUAACAGCUAUGGGCCUGUCACAAAGGCUAACUGCAAGAAGAGGUGGCUGUUCUUCCAGGAUACCAAGAAGGUGAAGACCGAGGAGCCUCAGAGAAGAUUUGCCCAGGCAGUGUGUCUGUACCAGCCAGGCACCACGGUGCUGAUCAGUGAGGAUGACUCCCCCAGCUCUCCUGGCCAGCAGUCUAAUUUCCAGGUGUCAUUCAGUAUUGCUGCUGAUACAGAGCAUUCCGCCAACAGCGAAGGCAGCCACGAGACCGGUGACUCUGGAAGGUUUUCUCAUGAGUCCAACGAUGAGAUACACCACUCCUCUGUGAUAAGUGCCACCCCUCCCACUACCAGUCCUUUUGCAAGCAGUGACUUGGGUGUGAAUGUGAUGAGCUCUGAUAUAAGUAACUGCACAGAGUCUCCUCUGCUGUUUGCGGCUGACCAGACUCCUACCUCACCUCUUCAGAUGUGCUCUGCGGUGCAAAACUGACAUCCUUAGGGCCAGGCCAGACAUUCAUGCAGUGUAUGUCUGUUCGAAGGACAAUGAACAGGGAGCCAAAGUUUUAUCGUGGAAAGCCUGGCUAACCUACCAGGUGAUCCCAGGUUUCUGUUGAAUGUUUUUUUUGUUUCUGGGUUUUUUUUCUUGUUUUGAUUUGCUUUUAAAACUCACUCGUUUUGAAUGUUCAGUGGUCAACAAAUGUGAAAGGACAGUGAAAAUUUCUGACUAACGUUAAAAAUAUGUCACUGGAGCAAAGGGAAGGCUGUUGGCCCUUUUGCUGACUAUCUACCUCAGUUUGCCGAGAGGUGAACUCUGAACGAUGACUGCUUUACCUCAUGUGUGUUCUAGUUGGUCUCAGCUAUGAAACUGAUGAUACUUCCUAGUAGAAUUGUUUUAUUUUGGGUUUGGUUUUGUCUGUUGGGUUGUUUUCCCUUCCCCAGUUGUGUGUAGAAUGUAUGCGUGUGUGCACGUGUGCGCUCAGUGAUCAGGGAGUUGUAUAGGUAGGCGAACAAGAUUGUUUAGCUGAAGCUCUGUCUUUAAAAAGAAGGAAACCUCAGAGUAUAAAAUGUAAUGAUUUAAUGUGGUUGACACAGAGGAUGUUAAAAGCUGGGAAAACUGGAGUUGGUGCUUCCACGUAUACAGCCACAGGAAAUCUUUUGUACCUCUUGAUUCUUCAUGACCCCAGUAAGCCUAGGACAGUGCCUUUUCCUCAGAAACUUGUGCCAGUGACUGCUGCCAGGGUAUAUACUAUAUCCUUAGGGCUCUGGGACGUUUUGGGUUCCCCACAGUGACAAUUGCUUCCCCUUUAAUGACAGUUAAUGCUAAAAAGCAUGGCAAAAUGAAGAAGUAUUCAGCAUUUCAAAACAGUUUGGCUCUGCAUGAGAGUCAUGGAAUAGAUGAUAAUGCUGAGUAUUCCAGUAUCACAGUACUUCUUAGCAAUGGUGCCUUGCAUUAUAUAUUAGAAAUUACUGAUUUGCCUUAUGCCUUUUUAGAAUUCGUAAAUUUGCUUUUGAGUACAGAAAGAUGCCUUAAACACUUCUUACAUGUUUUAAGUAAACUGUGUCAUGAAUUUUAUACUUCAUUUUUACCCAGCUUCAAGUGCUGAUGAGCACUGCUAGCAUCGUGGUAUGUCUCAGAGCUUUGUUAGGAUGCAACCCUGCUCCUUGCCUUCACCUAGUGUGCUGUUAGCUCAGGGAGUGACUUUACCCACAUGCUGAUCUAAAACUCUGAUCAGGCUACCAUAAGAAAUAAAAAGGCUAGAGCUUUAGUUGAAGAGUCUGUUGAAAGAGGCAAGUACUGCCUUGAACCCAUGCAAUUCCUGUUUUAUACUACCUCCUUUGAAAGUUAUUCCAGUGUUUUUUGGGGUUUUUUGUUGUUGUUUUUUCCUGUACUCAGGGAAGAGUUUGUUACUUUUGAGCUGCCUCCCAGAAACGUGGAGCAAACUGACAGGGUAUCAUGUUUUGUUUUGUUUUUUAAUAGGAAAGAGAGAGGGAGAGAGAGGGAGGAGGCUGGAACCAUCCAAUGUUACAACCUUGCCUGCAUCUAUAUCCAGUAUCGAGUCUCCUUCUCCACUCCUCCCCUUUCCCUGUUUUACUAAAAAAAAAAAAAAAAAAAAAAAAAAAAGAAAAAAGAAAAAAAAAGAAAACCCCCAGGCAUAUGUUUUUACUGAAAAAAAUGUUUAAAUUGUAACGUUGUGAGAAGCAACCAUAGGAACUCCUAUAGGGCUCCAUUUAAGUAUUUUUUUUUAACUCCCAUUGACUUUACUGGGGCCAAGACAUCACCCUCUAGGUAGGGCAGGCUGACUUCUGUUUUGUUCCUCAUGUAUCAAAAGGUGCUCACAAGUUCGCAAUAAGCCCUAAUGUUCUGUCUGGCUUGUGCUGAGGAAUUGGUUCUGGUUACUGUAGUUCUGUGCCUUGUAACUGCUAGUUCUGAAUCAGACAGGGCACGCUCACCUUUUUGUAACAUUGUUGAUUCAGAUGCUUUAAAAAUCAUCUUGAACCAAAGACUUUUCUGCAGGGAGAAGGAAGCCACAUACUGUCCAAAAAUUACUGAACUAGGCAAAAGCAAUAGGUUUGAAGAGCUGAAUACAUUUUAUUGUAUAAGUAGUUACUAACAAAAAACAAUAGGGCUUCUUGAUUGUAGUUGGUUGCAUAGAUGAGUUGUAUGCUUCUACAAUUCUAAGUACCUUGUUGUUACAAGAGCCUUUAAAGAAAUCUAUAAUACCAGCAGGUAUCUCCAAAGACUUCCAAGUGUAAUUUUUUUCUCCAGCACGUAGUUGAUCAACAUUACAGUAUUAAACAAAUUAUUUUUGAACAGUUUUUUAUCUACUUGCUGAAGAAAAAGAAAACCUUUUCACCAAAGAUUUAUUUUUGGUCUCGUCAGGCAGAAUGUUUAGUGUACAGCAGAGUACUGUUUCUAGUUAGGUAAAGUGUGAAUUAAUCAGAACUAGGUUAAGAAUGUGUAACUGUAGCAUAAAGUUUCACACUUCAUCUUUCAGAGUAGCCUCUUUCACUAGUUUCAGUCAGAAAGAGCCGAUAUGCAGAGAUGGUAACUGCUUCUCCAAAGACUUGUUUGCUGUAAGUACUGAUAAUCAGAUACAAUUUUAUGACCAUCAUUACAGGUAAAUACUUUAAAUCCUAAACUUUUUCUUCCAGACACCCACUCUAGUUUAACCCAUGGAUAAUUUGAGAGAAAUAGACUCCAUAUAAAAUCUGUCAACCUAAUAUAGAUGCUCUUACUUCAAUAGCUUAAGAGUUGAAAAUAUCCAGUGUAUUACAGCUCAGUGCAUCCAGAACUUAAGGUUUUAUUAAAGUACUUUUAAUCAGCAAAUAAAGAAAACCAAAGAUAUUUAAGGUUACCUCAGCAUAUAGGCAAGCUUAGUUAGACAUUAAUUAUUCUUUUUCUUUACUUUUAUGUUACCCAAAUAUAGUAAGUUUCUCCAGAACCCAGUCUACAUUCAUGUGCUUCCGUUGUCACAGUCGUGAUUCCUACAGAACAAAAACCAGGCUCGUCUCAAAACUCAUGACUUAUCAGUAAUCUGGCACAAGAUUUUGCACGAGAAAAUUAGUCUGAUGAUUGAAAACUCCACUGAUGUAAGCAAUCUCCAAAAAACUGUGGAGAAAUGGAUACUUGCUCUCUCGAACUCAAUAGCAGAAUCAAUCUUUCAUGAUUGUAACAGUGCAAAAUUGGGCUCAAAUUUGAAAUACUUCGUAUUGCUGAAGCCAGCACACGUAAUUGUAGAUAUGACGUUACAGCUACUAAUUUUCUUAAAAGUUUAUACCUGUGGCUAAGGAAAUCAGUUUUUCGUAUGUGAACUUUGUUCAUUGCAUUUGCCUUGGAAGAGCUGACAGAACACAGCCGCAGGAUGGCUGCAGGUUUUCCUAUGAUUUUUGUCUUGGUUAUGUCUGUAGAAUCUGGGUCCUGGAGGAAAAAGCCAAUAUAAUUUUUCAAUUAUGAAUAUUACUUAAUGCAUUCUGGAAGAUGAACAGGAAUGUGGAAUUUAGUGUUACACUAUGUGAACUGAUUUUGUUUUAAGUGUUGUAAGAACUAAAGAGCCAUGGCUGGUGUAAUGAGCGUAUAUGCAACCCUUGUGCUUUAGAAAGAAAGCAAUAAUGUUACAGUUGAUGUCACUUGAAAACUUACAGAGGAAAUCUCGAAACUGGCCUAUUGUGCUAAAGUGUUUCCAAGGGAGGACUCUGCCCCUUAAUUGCAACAGCAAUGCGUAUGUGUGUUCUGGAGGACCUUGAUC